GUAAACUAUUAAACCGGUAUCGCACUGAUUCAGAAACCGGUGAAUUUUGGAAAAUGCCCAAAGUGAGGCUCUGUCAACUGUCAAAUAAAAUUCAAUUUUUUUUAUAAAUCUGGCAACGUUGCAAGUUGCAAUGUUGCAUGAAUAUCCUUCAUAGUUUUGAUUUUUGUUUAUGUAAAUAAAAUAAUAAACAGUUUUAAAUUCAAAUUAAAUUGAAAAUAACUAGGAUUAUUAUGAUGGAGACAAAUAACGAAUCUGUGUACAAUCUAAUCACAAGCUUGUGCGAACAGUUUUCCAUUUCCCGAGACAAAAUAAAAACGAACCGCUCGCAUUGCUAUGAACUGUUAUUGAAAAAACGCCUCUUCGAAGACCCCAGAAAAUUCAAAGAUCUAGAAGGUACUGACAAUCCUGUACACAAAAUGGAAGCCUGGUGCUACCAGUUGACCCAUGAACACGACUUUGGUGAAACCGCUAAAGACUUGCAAAAGCAUACAGAACAAUUAAAGCAAUCUUACAAAGAAGAUACUGACAGUUUUAAUAAUAUAUUAACAUUCUUGUUGUGUCUGAAAGACAUCCCAACAAAACAAAAACGAAAUGUAUUAGAUCUAUACUCGCUGCCUGAAAUCGAAGAGAACACUGUAAUGUCUAGGUUUGAUGAGAUGUUUAAGAUGCCGCAUUAUUUAAUAGAAGAAUUUGAAUCCCCAAUUUUCUCCAAAAUGAGCCAGGAGCUUUUAGAAAUUCAGCCAAUAGAAUCUAAAACAGAAUCUGAAACUUUAGAGGCAGAUGAAGAGCAUUCAUGUCCAAAUCUCCAAAAAAACAUAUGGGAAAUUGCAUCUAAACAACCAGUCUCAAAGAGGCGUAAUUGGGAAAGUUACGGUUGUGGAAUACCAGAUAAAGAAAAGCCAUUUUUAUCCGAAUUAGGCGAACUCUCUUCUUUGUGGGUAGAAAAUUUGGACUCCUUGUAUUUGACAAGGAAUGCAUUUCCUAGUUUUAAUUAUAUGAGUAACAAAUUCAAAACCAGAAAAUCUUUCGUGCAAGACCUUAAGUAUUUGCUGGUUGGCAUUGUAUCGGAAACAUUUAUGACAAACUCAAAAGAAGAAUUUGUGAUUACACCUGGCAUUAUGGUUGAAGGCCUCACCACCGAUGUAAUUGAAAGAUAUUGCAGCAGCUUUUUAUUUUCGGGCACUUGCUAUAGAGCUUUGAAUAAACUAGCAACUAAAGACCCUCUCACCCGUAACUAUAAACAUCCAGGUUAUGUGUUUUCGGAAUUUUGUGAAGCUGUAGCCAAAUAUCUUCGUUAUUACCGUACAGCGAUUUUCAGCUUGUCCGAGGACAUACUUUAUUUGUCUUUCCGAGAAAAAACUCUAAAGAUACAAAAUCAAAUUGCCACGCUGGCGCUGAUAUGUAAAAUCGGACCAUGUGCUUCGGAAAAUGAAGAAACACCGCACGGGGUUCCUCUGUUGAAUUAUCUGUAUCAGAAAGUGUUGAUGGGUGCCAGCGAUAAGACACUUUGUUUGGUGCUUUAUUCGAUAUUUUAUCCUUGUUGUCAAGUUUAUUUCAGUCGAUUUCUGCAUCAGUGGAUAGUGAAAGGCAUAUUGAACGACCCUUAUCAAGAAUUCUUUAUAAGGUCCAAUUUGAAGUAUUUAUCUUCCAGAGGUAGGACUUAUUGGACCAGAAGCUACGAAACCAGGGAGGAUAUGAUACCCGAUUUUUUGAUCGAUCUAAAACAGGAUAUUUUGUAUUGCGGCCGUAUUAUGAAUUUGUUGCGACUUUGCGAUCCUUCUCAUAAACUAUGUAGAUUUGUUAUGGGCAAAAACCAGCUGAUGCUCACCAGCUGUUUAUCCCAUGAAAAAUUAACACAACUACAACAAACUUGUUCGAGAUAUUAUUUGGAAGCUUCCGCAGAAUGUGGCACGAAAUUCAGUUUUGAAAAGUACCUGGAAAAAUCUAAAGGCACCGAUAUAACUCUUUUGUAUGCCAAAAAACGUGCUGUCACUUUGAGAAGAAUCGAACUGGAACGUCAAAAAGCUAAACAGGAAGCCCAUGAGAAAAAAUUAGAAGAAAUGUUAAUGCUCAAAGAACAAUUGGAUCUAAUACUCGAACAAAAACAACACAAAAUUUACCAGGAAAUUAGAAAAGAAAUCCAAACAAUGGAGGAAAACGUACGAAUAGAAGAAAUGAGGGAAAAAUUGGUUGAACAAGAAGCCUCAAAAAUGAUUGAGUAUUACACUGAAUUGUGUCAAGCAGUAGAUAAUCGUAAAGCAAAAAUUGUUAAACAUAUCAAAACUAACACAACUAUUUACAUAGAAGACUCUCCCGAAAAAAGCAAAUCAAAAGCCAAUAGUUCAUCUGAAAGUUUUUUUUCUGUAACUUCUACAACUGAAGACAUAAUGGAAACAUCUGGGAUUGAGAAAGACAACGUUAUCGAAGAGCAAAACAACGAAAAAGAGGAAAUUCGUCCAGUUCAUAGUUCUGAAUCAAUGGAUUUAUUAAACGCUAAUGUUGAAUCUUCAAACAUAAAUAUGCAAGCAACGAUGGAUAAUUUCGAAUUGGCACGAAAAAUCAAGCAAAAAGUUUUAAAUCAAGAAUUGGGAAUAGAAGUGGAUGAUUGGCAUAAUAAAUAUCAAGAAAAGGCAAAGUCCACGCUUGGUUCAACCGAAGCACAACGAAAUAAAUCGAAAGUUUUGAAUCAAGAAUUCGGCAUUAUUGUAGAUGAUUGGCAUAAUAAGCAACAAGAUCAAAUUAAACAAACAACGACAACUGUUGGUUUGAGCGCAGCCCAACGGAAUAAAUUGAAAGUUUUAUCAUCUGAGUUUGGGAUUGAAUUGAGAGAGAAUGUGAGGACUGAUGGCACACUGACAAUGGCGCAAAUAAAUAGGGAUCGAGUUAUGGGCCAUAAUGAGUGUUUUUUGCCAAAUUAUGAUGGGAAGCGGUUGGAUAAUGAGAGUUUUGUCAAUAGAAAUUUGAGGGAGAUUACUACUAGAACUGAUGACAAAACUGAAUCAAGAGAAACCAGCCACCAGAUGCCAAAAUCCAAAUCCUUACAGCUCGAUUUUGAUAAAUUGAACAGCAAAUUCGAUUUGGACAAGCCUGUUCCAAUGUCGGUGGACUCGACACCAAUGAGUGAUUUACCAUUGACAGGAACUCCAACCAGUGACUUUCCUAGAAGCGCCACGCCUUCCAGUAGCAUGUUUCUGAGUGUGGACACUAAAUUCGAUAGCGAUCCUGCUACUACUGCGGACACUCAUCGGACUGAAGAUGUUUUUAGUUUUGGUGCUAUACCUAAGUCUAGUGGUAAUAUCAAUCAGAAACUUCAAAACUCUGAAGCCAUGCCAACUUUUUCAAAAAAGCCUUCCCUAGAAGAAAUACAAGAAAUCUCUAGAAUUUCAAUUGGAGUACAUUUACAUGAGAGUGUUUCAAUACCGUUGUUAACGCAACUAAGGUUGGGGAAUAAUGAGCUUUUAAAAUAUUUUGUUGAAGAAUUGAAUUUUUUAAAACAUUUAAUAAGUCUGCGGGAUUAUUUCUUUCUGCAAGACGGAGAAUUUGCCAGGAAUUUAACUGAACAAUUAUUCGAAAAGCUUUACAGUGCAAAUUUCCCUUUGGAGUUGAUUAACUGUAAGACUUUACAUCAUUUAGUUUUUGAUGCUCUGGACAAUUCCAGCAAACACCAAGAUAACUCCAAGUAUUUGUCAUUUAAAAUCAAUAGUUUACCGAAAUGUUUUGACCUGGGCGAUCCUGAUGUUUUAAAUUGUCUGUCAAUGACUUACAAAGUGGAAUGGCCUUUGAAUAUUUUCCUUCCUUCAGAUGCAGUAUCUAAAUACAAUCAAGUUUUCAAAUUUUUAGUAAAGAUUAAUCGAGUUUCGUGGGUUUUGAAGAAAAUAUUUUUGGAAUUCAAGGUCUUGGCAAGAGAAACUGGUAAAAAAGAAAUUUACCUGAUGUCGUCGCCUCAGUACAAACAUUUACACCAGUGCAGGCACGUCAUGUUGCAUUUUGUGCAAAGUUUGCAAAAUUACAUAGUGGGCGAGGUUUUGCAACCGAGCUGGGCUUAUUUCGAACAAAAUUUUGCCACUCUAACCAAAAUCGAUGAUUUGUAUUAUGCCCAUACUGCUUAUAUAAAGGAUAUAAUUACCAAAUGUAUGUUGAGUCAAAGAUCGAUACUACUAAAAAACAUAAUCGAUAAAAUAUUCGUAGUGGUAUUAAAGUUUUACGAUUAUCUAAGGCCCAGGAGCUGGAAAUGCGAAGAUGGUGCCUACGUUCAUCCAAAUUUCAACAAACUAGAUAAAAUAUUCAAAAAUUUCGAAGAGUUUGUUGUCUAUUUCUUUAAGGUUGUUAAAAAAUUUGGGAAUAGUGGAUUUUAUCCUCAGUUGGUUCAAUUUUUGGAUGUUUUAGAUUAUAAUGGGUUUUAUUCUAAGAAGUUAUUGAAUAAUCCUAAAAAUGUUAAUAUGGCGGCUUGAAUUAAACCACCUUUUACUUAAAAAAUAUCAUUGUUAAUUUGUAGAAAUUAGUUUGGGACAGAUUCUUGUGCCUUUUCCUACAUACCACAAAUCAAAGCCUUAUAGACCCUUUUUUGCGCACUUUAUUACUUUUCCCAACUUUUAAUAAUCACUAGCUAGGGGCAGAUUAAGUACUUUAAGAAAGUGUCUACGAUUCAACAACAAUAAAUAUUUUUUUAAACUUUUACGUUUGUAGCUUUAAGUUGAGUUUAUACAAGGUUGAAGCUGAAGAAUUUUUAAGUUUGAUAUUUCACAGUAGACUAAUAUUAUUUAAGUGGUCUUAUAUAAUUAGGUGCGCUUCUCAUUAAUUUUUAAGUCAAUU